AUGCCGGUUUCUUCCUCACAGUGAUUCUUGAGCAUCGUUGCCACUAUAAUCUGUUCGCGGAUCACGCGGCUGGGGUAUCAAGGCAGCCAAAUUUUCGCGUAAUACUGGCAAAAUUUCGCUGUUUUCAUCGAUAUUAUUAUUCCGAACCCAUGCAAUUUCCACUCAUACGUCAUGGACAAUCCUAAAAAAAAAGGUAAAACAAUUGACAACAAAGAAAGAAUUGAAUCGUGCUCUAGAACUACCGCGAAUUUUGAGUGCAAUGACAUCAAGGACUCCCGGGCGAAAAUUGAUCGGAUUGAGGAUAACAGCGAGAUCACGUCUAACAAUAAAAUGCAUGUUGUGGAAAAAGCAGAAAAAGAAUUACAGCUCAACGCUUCGCCAAACCAGUUAACAAUAAAUUUACAAAUUGAUUUGGUAGCUGCAUUUUUGUUGUUUGCGGGAUUGGUGACUCGAUUAUAUCGGCUGGAAGAACCACGAAGUAUAGUGUUUGAUGAGUUACACUAUGGUAAAUAUGUUGGGCUCUAUAUGAAGCAAACAUACUUCUUCGACUCUCAUCCACCCCUGGGAAAGCAACUGGUAUCAGUGGCGGCUUAUUUGGCUGGUUUCGAUGGAAAAUUCAAGUUUGAUAGAAUAGGAAGCGAAUAUACAGAUCUAGUGCCUCUGUUUGCGCUAAGAAUUGUCCCUGCACUCUGCGGGAGCUUAGUUUUACCUACGGUUUAUCAUUUGGCUCUCGAAUUAGGUUUAAAGCAAUGGAGUGCCGCUAUAGCUGGGCUGAUGUUGUUAUUCGACAACGCACUUUUGACUCAGUCAAGGUUUAUCCUGAUGGAAAGCAUUUUAAUUCAGUUUUCCCUUUUCGGCUUGCUCUGUGUUGGGAAGUUUCGGAAAAUUAUGGACAAGCCAUUUACCAUUUCUUGGUGGAUAUGGCUCUCCCUAGCAGCUGUUAAUUUGACUUGUGCUUUAUGCGUGAAGUAUGUUGGAUUUUACUCUCUGCUUCUUUCGUUGGCUCUUAUUGCUCGCGAUUACUGGAGCCUGAUUCCACAUAAAUAUUUAUCUACGGCGGUUUUAUACAUUCAUUUACUAGCUAGACUGAUAGUGCUCAUAACAAUCCCAAUAUUCAUCUACAUUGGGGUGUUUUAUGUGCAUUUAUCCAUACUCACAAAGGCUGGGCCCCAUGAUUCAGUAAUGACGAGUGCCUUUCAAGCAAGUUUGGAAGGUGGCUUGGCGAGUAUCACAAAGGGUCAGCCAUUGGAGGUCGCACACGGUUCCCAAAUCACUUUGAGACAUACCCAUGGCCGUGCGUGCUGGUUACACAGUCACAACCAGGUGUAUCCACUUCGUUACCCGGAUAAUCGUGGGAGUUCCCAUCAACAACAAGUAACUUGUUAUUCGUUUAAAGACGUAAAUAAUUGGUGGAUAGUGAAGAGACCUGGAAUCGAUGGCCUUGUUGUGUCAAAGCCUAUUGAGCCGAUAAAGCAUGGAGACGUAAUCCAGCUUGUUCACGGAAUAAGUAGCAGAGCAUUAAACUCCCACGAUGUUGCUGCACCGAUGUCCCCACAAAAUCAAGAAGUUUCUUGCUACAUUGACUACAAUGUUUCAAUGCCGGCACAAAAUCUUUGGAGAGUGGACAUAAUCAAUAGAGACCAAACUGGACCGAUUUGGCAUACUAUUCAGAGCCAAAUACGUUUAAUCCACGUGAACACUGAGCAAGCACUAAAAUUUAGUGGCAGACAAUUACCGGAUUGGGGAUAUAAUCAGCACGAAAUUGUAGCUGAUAGAAUUAUAGAACAACCUGAUACAGUCUGGAAUGUUGAAGAACAUAGGUAUACUAAAAGUGAAGACCAAAAGCAGAGGGAAAGAGAGUUAGUUGGAGCUGAAAUGAUACCAUUACGAGCUACUACACUUAGCUUCUGGGAAAAGUUUGUUGAACUACAAACAAAAAUGUUUUUUAAUGCCCAAGAGGGUCAAAACAGUCACAUGUACUCCAGCGAUCCACUGGAAUGGCCAUUAAUGACACGUGGUAUCGCAUACUGGGUUUCAACUGAGAGUAACGCUCAGGUGCACUUACUUGGCAACAUAGUCGUUUGGUAUUCCGGGGCUAUAUCUAUUUUAACAUAUUCCUGCCUCCUGGUAUUUUAUUUAAUGAGACGUAGAAGACUGUGUUUUGAUAUAUCUGACAAAGAGUGGAAUCGAUUUGUCGGUUUUGGAGAAGUCUUACUCAUUGGAUACUUACUGCAUUUUUUGCCUUUCUUUUUUAUAGAACGGACUUUAUUUCUACACCAUUAUUUGCCGGCAUUUGUUUUUAAAGUUUUGAUAACGUCAGCAGUGAUAGAUCAUCUACACUAUUUAAUUGGGACAAGACUGAAAUGGAAUCUUGCUUUAUACUUGUACAAAUUAGGUAUCGCCGCAUGGAUCGGAUCAAUUAUAUUUGUAUUUAAGAAGUUCGCCGUACUAAGCUAUGGAAUGACCCCAUUGACCGUCACGGAAAUAUUGAAAUUAAGAUGGCGUGAUACAUGGGAUUUCAUUAUCCACAAAACUUGAGUCUGGUAAGUCUACUAAGUUUGUUAACGUACUCAUUCAUAGUACAGUUUGAGAUUUUCGUACUUAUCAAUUAUAGUACUAUUACGCCGCCAGUUGAUUUAUGUAUUGACUAAGCAAAAAUCUGUAAUUAUUUUCAACAUAAAGUAUAACGACUGGAUGGCGAUCCAUACCAAGCGUGUCUAUUUGCUAAAAAGCAUUUGCACUACCUUCUACAAAGAUAUCCCGAUUUUUUAUAGUAUUUAUUAGUAUUACAAGUACAUCAAACUGUCGGAAGACAAUUCAGUACAUGUUCUAAAGUAUAUCCAUUUGUGGAAAAAAGAGAAAUAAAUCACUAUUUACACCAUAAA